UUUUUUUUUAAGCUGUUUCAGCCCAGAAUGGCUGUGGAAUGCAGAGCAAUUUCAACUCUGAAACCUCAGACUCAUCAGGAAGAAGAGUUAAUACUAUUAAAAAUAGGAGAUAGCUUUUCCUGGGGUCAGAAGUUUAAACAGAAUGGGAGUAACCAAUCUUGCCAAGAAUUGUUUCGUCAGCAAUUCAGGAAGUUUUGCUACCAUGAGACCCCUGGGCCCCGAGAGGCUCUGGGUCGACUCCAGGAGCUUUGUUAUCAGUGGCUAAUGCCAGAAUUGCACACAAAGGAGCAAAUCCUGGAGCUGCUGGUGCUGGAGCAGUUCCUGAGCAUUCUGCCUGAGGAGCUACAGAUCUGGGUUCAGCAACAUCAUCCAAGAAGUGGGGAGGAAGCUGUGACCCUGUUGGAGGAUUUGGAGAGAGAGUUUGAUGAUCCAGGGCAACAGGUUCUAUCUGGUCCACAGGGACCAACAAUACCAUGGAAGGACCUGGCCUGUCAUAGAGCAUCCCAAGAACUGUCAGGCUUCCAGCUCCUACCUCCGAAGACACAGUUGAAAUCCUGGAAACCUUGUAUUUUCCCUAAAAAUGAUCACAAUAACAGUGAAACUGCAGCAAAGGAGGACAUCUUAGAAGAAAAGUCACAAGCACUGUCUCAGAAACCUUCAUUUGUAGGAGUUAGUAGACAUGAAAACAAUUUAGAGUGUCAGCAAGGAAGUCCUACAGGAGAGAAAUCAAGAUCUGUCCACAGGGGCAGCUUAAGCCAAGUCAUCUUCACACAGAAAUCUUUAGGAAAGACAGACUAUUGUGAUGAGGCUAAAAGAUGCUUGAUUCUAAGUACAAACUCCAUAACACACCAGAAAAUUCCUGUAGAAGAGAGACCUUAUAGAUGUGAUGUGUGUGGGCACAGCUUCAAACAGCAUUCCUCUUUAACCCAACAUCAGAGAAUCCAUACUGGAGAAAAGCCCUACAAAUGUCACCAAUGUGGGAAAGCCUUUAGUUUGAGGUCUUAUCUUAUUAUUCAUCAGAGAAUUCAUAGUGGUGAAAAAGCAUAUGAAUGUAGUGAAUGUGGAAAAGCCUUCAAUCAGAGCUCAGCCCUCAUUAGACAUCGAAAAAUUCACACAGGUGAGAAAGCCUGUAAAUGUAAUGAGUGUGGCAAAGAAUUCAGUCAAAGUUCUUAUCUCAUUAUACAUCAAAGAAUUCACACUGGUGAGAAACCCUAUGAAUGUAAUGAAUGUGGGAAAACCUUUAGCCAGAGUUCAAAGCUUAUUAGGCACCAGCGAAUUCAUACAGGUGAGAGACCCUAUGAAUGUAAUGAAUGUGGGAAAGCAUUCAGGCAGAGCUCAGAGCUGAUCACCCAUCAGAGGAUACAUAGUGGAGAGAAGCCCUAUGAAUGUAAUGAGUGUGGAAAAGCCUUCAGUCUGAGCUCAAACCUCAUCAGACAUCAAAGAAUUCACAGUGGAGAGGAACCAUACCAGUGUAACAUAUGUGGCAAAACCUUCAAAAGGAGCUCAGCUCUUGCUCAGCAUCAGAGGAUCCACUCUGGGGAAGAAACUUACAUAUGUAAUGAAUGCGGGAAGGCUUUCAGACACAGAUCAGUCCUUAUGCGCCAUCAGAGAGUCCACACUGUAAAGUAACUUAGGACUAUGUUGGGUUAUGAAUACUUUAGUCAGACUUUAUUAAAGGACAAAUUUUGGAGCAAGAUUCCAUAAAGGCUGUAAAGUGCCAAGUCUUGAAUCAGUCUCACAUGCUUCGUGCAGUAAUUCUGAUACUCAUGCAAGUUCUUGAAACUCCAUGUGGCUCAUCAAAACGAAAUGUUGCUCUUCACAUUAGGAAUACUCAGGAAAUAAAAGAAUGUAACAUUGAAGCCCCA